UGGGCGGUACACAGAAACGUAUCGGAAGCAAGUCCGCCUCGCACUGACGUGGUUUAUCCAGAGGCUGAACCUUGAGUAGUGUUGACGUGUCUUUAUCGGUGUUCUCUUCUCAAGUAGCUGCCGGUCAGCUCAGCACAUCGAGACCAAGCCGGAGGCGCCUUCUGAAACGUUUCGGGACCAGUGAACUACAGCCAGGCCACCAUGGGGAUUAAGUUCUUAGAAGUAAUAAAGCCGUUUUGUGCGGUUUUACCAGAAAUUCAGAAACCAGAAAGAAAAAUUCAAUUCCGAGAAAAAGUACUAUGGACUGCUAUUACCUUGUUCAUUUUCUUAGUAUGUUGCCAGAUUCCUUUGUUUGGGAUUAUGUCAUCAGAUUCAGCUGACCCCUUCUACUGGAUGAGAGUUAUUCUGGCAUCAAAUAGAGGUACCCUCAUGGAGCUUGGUAUUUCACCAAUUGUGACCUCUGGCCUCAUCAUGCAGUUACUGGCUGGGGCUAAAAUCAUUGAAGUUGGUGAUACUCCAAAAGACAGAGCCCUCUUCAAUGGAGCCCAGAAAUUAUUUGGAAUGAUCAUUACAAUUGGCCAGGCUAUUGUGUACGUCAUGACAGGAAUGUAUGGAGAUCCAUCUGAAAUGGGAGCUGGCAUUUGCUUGCUUAUAAUCAUCCAGCUUUUUGUUGCUGGUCUGAUUGUCUUGCUCCUGGAUGAACUGCUUCAGAAGGGCUAUGGUUUGGGCUCUGGUAUUUCAUUGUUCAUUGCAACCAAUAUCUGCGAGACCAUCGUUUGGAAAGCUUUCAGCCCAACCACUGUGAACACUGGUAGAGGCACGGAGUUUGAGGGAGCUAUAAUUGCUCUGUUCCACCUCCUGGCAACCCGUACAGACAAAGUCCGUGCCCUUAGAGAAGCCUUUUAUCGUCAGAACCUCCCUAACCUCAUGAAUUUGAUUGCUACUGUGUUUGUGUUUGCUGUGGUUAUUUACUUCCAGGGAUUCAGGGUUGAUCUUCCAAUUAAAUCAGCCCGAUACAGGGGUCAGUACAACACUUAUCCCAUCAAGCUCUUUUAUACCUCAAACAUUCCAAUCAUCCUUCAGUCUGCCCUGGUUUCCAAUUUGUAUGUCAUCUCUCAGAUGUUGUCCACUCGCUUCAGUGGAAACUUCUUAGUGAAUCUACUGGGAACGUGGUCUGACACUUCUGCUGGUGGACCAGCUCGGGCCUACCCAGUUGGUGGUUUGUGCUAUUACUUGUCACCGCCUGAAUCUUUCACGUCUGUUCUAGAGGAUCCAGUUCAUGCUCUCAUAUAUAUUGUCUUCAUGUUGGGGUCUUGUGCCUUUUUUUCCAAGACUUGGAUUGAGGUGUCUGGCUCUUCAGCUAAAGAUGUUGCAAAACAAUUAAAGGAACAGCAGAUGGUUAUGAGAGGCCACAGAGAAACAUCUAUGGUCCAUGAACUCAACAGGUACAUUCCUACAGCAGCAGCAUUUGGUGGCCUCUGCAUUGGUGGGUUGUCUGUCAUGGCAGAUUUCCUUGGUGCAAUUGGAUCAGGAACUGGGAUCUUAUUGGCAGUUACAAUCAUCUACCAGUAUUUUGAGAUCUUUGUGAAAGAGCAAAGUGAAGUUGGAAGCAUGGGUGCCCUCCUUUUCUAAACUAACACAAAAGAAAAAUCAAUCUUCUGGCAUUUCUUACAUUAUGAAAACUGUAAGGACUUUUCCCUCCCUACCCCCUUGGUACAUCAAAGUGAAAAUCUUGACUUUUUUAUAUAUAUUUAUAUGUAUAUAUAAAUGUAUGCAGGCACAUCAACUGGGUGUGGAAUUUAUUCUACAUUUCACCCCGUAUGCUGAAGUGGAAGGAAACAUUUGAACUGUUUGCUUUUUAUGAGGAUGUUUUUAUUUUCUACAGAAGCAGUCCAGUUCAGUGCAUGUUGUGGUGUGGUUGGAUUUUUUUUUUUUUUUUUGGAUAUGGAGUGCCAUAUCAUGUCUCCUUAUUUCCCAUGAAGUUAAGUUUUAAAAACGCAAACAUUGACCUAAGGCUAAAUUAUUCCUGUUAGCAGAAACAUUUCAUUCAAGCUUCUUUCAGGAGCAGUCCAUGUCUGCGCCGAUGAUGGUGUGUUAAGGGGUCUGCGGAUUUAUUUUUUUUUUUAAUCAGGUGUAGAACACCAGAGGGAUAAAUCACAUGGCACUUUUCCAUAAGCUUCUCGUACUCUGACAUAGUUUUAAAGAGGAGCUUAGUUGCCUUCUUGUGAGUGAAGAAGGCUGGAAAAGGUGAUUGUCUAACCAACCAGUAUUUGCACACAGGUUGGCCGAGUACUCUCUUCACAUGUGAUGUGGUACAGUCAUACAAUAUCAUAGCUGUAUAACCUGCAAGACACAGAACUGACAGUAUUCUGUUGCUUAUGGAAGUAAAAUUUCUAGCUUGUCUACCAUUUUGUUCAGAAUAGUUACCCGAUUCUGGACGGUUAUCUACCUUUUGUUUUGAUAGACUUUAUUGCUGCAGAGUAAGGUGGAAAAUUGAUAAUUUACUUCUGUGUGUGCAUCAGAAAGCAAGGUUAAUAUUUGUAGAGAACAUGAACCUUGAUGGCAAUAAAGAGAUACCAUAGAUUUUUUUCGUCUAUUCUGCAUUUGUUUUGGUUCAACCUACUGUUAUUUCUUCUGGUUAACGUAUAGAUUUUUCUUUUGUAUAUAAGAAACCUCAUGCAUUCCUCUUUGGUUAAAAUAAAUACAAUGGACAUUUAAUAAAGAAUUUUGAAA